UUGAUUGGACGGGAGUUAGCACCGAAUGUUACAAAUCGUCGUCACAGCGAGCAAAGAUCUCUUCGCACCGUUAUGUUAUCAUCUCCGUUUCGCAUUGCAAUCAUCAUUCGAUUCAAUGGAGUGUGGAGAAAUGAAAUGGAAAAAGCAGAAAGACAUCAUUUAGUUCAAUUAUGGUUAAGUAAAGCAAAUUGA